GCCCUGUAAUGAUGUCUGACAGGGAUCGGAGGAAUUUCAAUUCCCUUGGCUUACGUGCAGAGUAAUCUAGACAUGCCGAACCUCCAGCAGGAUUCAUCAAUGGAUCUUAACCCGAAAUCGAAUACACACAAUUGACCCUGUUUAACAUUCUCUAAUGCAGUCCUCUGAGUCUGCGGCAUCCGCCCAGCUAGGUUCCUUAGCCGACUCCGAUACUUCUACUGUCGUCACCAAGAGGCGUCCUAUCCCUCGAAAAGGCCAUACCAAGUCUCGGGCAGGUUGCUCUAGUUGCAAACGGAGAAGAGUAAAAUGCGACUUGACCACACCAGAAUGCGGUGCCUGCGAGCGCUUAGGCCUGGAGUGCGAAUACCUGAAUAAGACCAGACAUGGUAGUCAAAACUCAGCGGUUGUCAUCUCACGACCACUGCGAACUGACUCGGUUAUGUUCGAUUACAAUGAUCUGAACUUCUUUCGACAUUUCCUCUUUGAAGCCUAUCCUCCUCUGCCCAUAGAUGGAUUCACAGUGUGGCAAAUGGCCUCACAGCGUUCACAUUCAUACGAUUUCUUACUGCACUCUAUGCUUGGACUUGGAGCAUCUCAUCUAAGUUUACUAACACCUCAUGGGUAUGAGAAAGCGGCAUUGAAGCAUCGAGUUCUUGCUAUCAGUGCCUUGAAUAAGCACCUUGCAAAACCUGGUCUCACCAAUCAAGACGCCGAAGCAGCUUUUGGGGCGAUGCUUAACUUGACCUUUCAAUCUGCGUAUAUGAACGACGGGCUCAUAGACUUUCUCACUAUGGUCAGAGGUUGCUGGCUCGUCGGUACACAACCUUAUGUCGAUCUAGAUCAUACCAUCUUCAAGACAUUCGGGCGUGUAAGUUACCUCGAAAGAGUUAAGGCUCUAAUACAAGAUGGCCAUGAAACGAAUCAUUAUCUGGAUAAAGUUAUCACCGAGGGAUUCUGUCAAAGUGUGCAGAAGCUUGGUCCGCUGUGCCACAGCGUUGCUGAGUUAAAAUACUUAGCCCAUAUGCAAAGAAUCGCCACUCUAGCAUCUACAAACCCUGCAGAAAGCUACCAUGAGCUCACAUUCCUGUAUGAUGGGCUUGGAAACCUAAGCAGUAACGACUUUGCUUCGUUCAUCGACCCCACGAAUCAUGCUUCACAGCUCGUUAUCCUGCACAUGCUGGUUCUUGAGUUUGUCAUGAGCAGGAAAUCAGUCGAAGGAGACAAGAGAUCUGCAUUGGGGAAGAAAGGUUACCACUGUAGAAAGGCAAUGUCCAAGGUCUGGGUGCAGCAGAUUCUCCGAAAGCUUCCUGCUGAGUACUACGAAUAUGGCGAGUGGCCCCUGAGGUUCAUCAACAGUCUCAAUUACUCGUUUGACGACGAAGACCAAGUUUGGAAGCCUUUCUUUCUAAGCAAUGGUAGAACAGUUGUACCAGCAGGAGAGACGCUUUCUUUAGCUGUAAUAUAGCUUUGGAGUCUACAAACACUACUGGGCGUAGUCACGUCUCUAAGACAACUGAACUACUACUACUAAACCAGCCAACCCAACCCAAAUCCGUCUUUCUGCUAUUCAGCACAAUCUCGGAAAGAAUGUUGACGAAACACCUGUCAGAAUCUCCGUAUACUCUUGGUCAACUGGUCGCCCAUACAAAGACUAAUUGUGGCCCUGAGCAAGCUCGAUGAUAUCUUCAGUCCGAACAGACUUAUGCCGGCCGCUACUUCUUCCAAGAUAUCGACUUGGGUGGUAGAAACAAAAGAUACCUAUAGCACCAGCCAUCGGCAAGCUUUCGAAAACCCAGAAGAGCCACUCAUGGCUGAAUGCAUAUGUGUCUCUCCCUCCAGCAAACUCAACAACACGAAAGAUGCAACGGGCCUAUCAAGUUAGCUUGCGUUGCAACAAUGUUCAGGACACCUACCAUGAUCAAGAUACUCGAGAUGUAAACUGCAAGGACAACUUUCUGCCAACCUCUGGGUGCAUCCUCAACAGCCAUACGAAGAGCAAGAACAUGAAAGCCCCUAAACACGCAAAGGAAAAGAGAGAAGGCGGCGAGUUGAAAUACCAACCCGACUAUGAGAACCUUCACCCCAAUCCUCUCCAUCUCUCCUUGCCAGUUAUCCGAACUUGCGAUACCAGAGCCGCUGCCUUGAAUGAGAAAGGCGAUUACAUCGCAGAAAACAAAUAUCGGGGUAAGGCGACGGCCUGGAAUUCGGAGGAUGCGGUGAUGGGACGGAGGAAGAACGGCGAGGAUCAUACGGCUAAUAAGAAGGUAAUUUCCAGCAGCGAUAAGGACCGGAGCGAGAACCGUGUAAGUGAGCGUUAAGACAAAAGGCGUCUGCCGUGUUCGUUAGAAAUGAGAAGAGACUCAACAGUAAAGGACCAACGUACUAUCUCUGACUGGUUUUGAACAGAAUGGAUUCUGAGAUUAUAAGCAGCAACUUCAAUGGCUGAGCCUAUAACUACGACAAUGAAGUACCAGGCUCGGUACUUGAUCAGAGUGAGAUAUGCAAUGGCAAGGAAGAUUAUGCCAUAGACAACAGUACCAACCACAGCAAGUGGGAAGGAUGGAUCAUACAUCCAGAUGGACUCUUGAUCUUGCAUAUUGAUUCAGUUGUUCGAGCACUUAAAGAUGGUAUGAGAAUAUUGAUAUUCGUAUAGAUCGCUGACUUGUCUUGCUAUGAUCAUCUCAUCAUCCAGCAUCAAUUCUAUAUACAUUUUUUACAAUAGCGAGGCCACGAAUUUCAUCAUUUCUGAAU